UAUUAUAAUAAUACAGACUCAGAUGAAAUGAAUACUCCAGUAUUAAAUGGAAAUGAGGGAACACAGAACAGACAAGAAUCAUCCGAUCAACAGCCACCUUCUAUAGCAGAAGCAAUGGUAUUAGAUACAGAAGCAGCUGUUAUAGCGAACUUUGAAUUUUUGGGACAUACAGACGUGGACAUGGAAGAGGAAAGAGAUGGAGACGAUGAAAUUUAUGAUGCAAAUACAGAUACCAAACCAAAUAAAGCAUCUAUCUCCCUUCUAGCGGAAGAUGUUGAUACAGAUGCAGAGGCAGAAGUAUUAAAUGAAUUAAAUCUCACAGAAAUUGAAGAAUCGCCACCUGGUUCUAUUCAUCUGGAAAUGAAUUCUUCAGAGGGGUUAAUAAAUCCCUUUUUAUUCGUAUACUUUAAGAUAAAAUAUAAACCUAUCACAAUAAUAGAUAUUUUGUAAUAUUGUCACAUAUAAUCACAUAAUCUAAUGAUGCCUGUAGGUUUAUUAUAUAGACGAUUACAACAAGAUCCAAGACACCCAAAUAAUAAAGAAGGCAGUGACUCCACGCUGGAAUUCGGAGAAUUACAAUUAUGUGUUAACAAUGAUGCAGAAAUAUCAUACGAUUUUGAAUGAAUACAGUUUGAUCUCUUCGAACGUUUCGAUAAUCUCUGCGAGCAUCACGGAUGUGAGAAGAUAUCUACAUUGGGCGACUGCUACUUUUGCGUAAACGGAUGUCCCGAGCCGAGAUACGAUCACACAAAGUGCUGCAUAGAAAUGAAUCUAGCGUGGAGUCACCGCCUUCUUUAUUAUUUGGGCGUCUUGGAUCUUGUUGUAAUCGCCUAUGUAAUAAACCUACAGGCAUCAUUAGAUUAUGUGAUUAUAUGUGACAAUAUUACAAAAUAUCUAUUAUUGUGAUAGGUUUAUAUUUUAUCUUAAAGUAU